AUGGGGGAGGCACGGGAAUCUAAUUGGACACCAGCCGUCAACGAGGCCUGUUCGUUUCCCAUAUUCAACACUGCUUUUGACGGAGAGGAUACACAUAGGUCAACCCUGAUUGAGCUCACAUCGUACCAUGAAAUCGUCGAGUUCGUCGAAAGAAAUGGCAUCGAGUUGCCUCAGCUUCUGCAGGUGGCAUGGGCAUUUCUGCUUAGGUCUUACAUAGGGACAGACCGACCCAUCUUUGGAUAUUUCACUGGGCAGCAUCCGUCCCCGGAAAGCCACGGAGUACUCUGCGCACUGGAUCUGGAAGAAGACAAGGAAAUUGUACACCUCGCUCGAAGCAUUGUUUGCUGGAAUGACGUUCUGCCACGUAAGGAAGUCAAGCGACUGGACACUGCAGUAAUCUGGAACUACCUCGAUGUCGCUCACUCGUCUAGUGUCUGUAUUGAGGCUCAGUCUCAAGGCGACGCAUGCAGCAUUUCUCUGCAUUAUUGGACUUCAUUCCUAUCAGAAGAGCAAGCACUUCAUGUAGCGAGCAUGUUUAGUCAAACUAUAGUGGAAUUGGUGAAGCAGCCUAGGUUGAGCUCUAUCAAUCUGUGCACAGCGAAGACCAUCAGGCAACUGGAUAAAUGGAACUCCGGGCCACCGAUGAACAUAGAAAGCUGUGUCCAUGACCUUGUUCUCGAGAAGUGCAAAGAACAGCCCGAAGCACCCGCAGUGUCUGCCUGGGACGGGGAGCUCACGUAUCAUGACCUUGAUAACCUCUCUCAUCGGCUAGCUGUUCAUCUAGCACACCAUGGUGUGGGCCCGGAGAAGUUUGUCGGUCUCUACUUUGAAAAGUCCAAGUGGACCGCAGUGGCUAUGUUGGGCGUUAUGAGAGCAGGGGGGGCUUUUGCGUUUCUUGACAUAUCCCUUCCGCGAACUCGCAUACAGGGAAUGUGCAAAGGGCUGAAUGUUGUUCUGAUUUUGUCGUCAAGGCACCUGACCGCCGAUGUCACGGGACUGGCUCCUCAGGUUGUUCCCGUCGAUAAUGAACAACUUGACUUGACUCCAUCAUUGCCGGAUUCUUCACAACAAUUCAGUUUGCUUGCUAAUCCACGAAAUGCCCUCUUUGCCCAGUUUACGUCGGGCUCCACCGGCAUUCCGAAAGGAGUUGUAAUCAAUCAUUUAUCUUAUUGCUCAGGACAGACUGCGUUUGCGCAUUACGUUGGAUUGAAUGCCACCAGUCGAGUUCUGCAAUUUGCAUCGCAUGCUUUUGAUGCCAGUGUCCAAGAAAUUUUAACAACGCUGAUUGUUGGUGGAUGUAUAUGUGUGGCAUCUGAAAAAGUGCGCAAAUGGAAUCUCCCGCUGGCAGUCUCCCAAUUAAGAGUCAACUUUCUCAUAUUGACUCCCACUGUGGCUCGACUUUUACAGCCUUCCGACAUAGCAUCUGUGAAGACGCUCGUGCUAGCUGGAGAGCCUGUGCUUUCGUCCGAUAUAGCAACAUGGCAGUGCCGUGUUCGCCUGGCUAAUAUGUACGGCCCGGCCGAAUGUUGCGUGUCUACCACAGGUUAUAUAAUCACACGUGGCGAGCGAGAAUCUGGGAUAGUGGGAUCAGGAAUUGGGGCAAGGUGCUGGAUCACUGACGCUCAAGACUACCAGAAGCUUGUCCCCAUCGGCGCAGUUGGUGAGCUCCUCAUAGAAGGACCGAUUCUGGGAAGAGGAUACAUAGGUGACCCGGACAGGACAAAUGCUACCUUUGUCCCUAGCCCCCCCUGGCGAUCGGCCUUUCCAGAUAAUGUGUACGGGAGGAUGUAUCGCACGGGAGACCUAGCUCAGUAUGUGUCACAUGGAACAUUGAGGAUAAUUGGUCGCAGGGAUGAGCAAGUUAAGCUUCACGGCCAGCGAUUAGAGCUGAGCGAGGUUGAGCACCAUAUGCGUGAUGCUUUUGUCGUCAAACAGACGGUAGCUGGCUUGGUGAUUCCCGCAGAAAGUGGAGGCAUCCCUAUCUUAACCGGCUUUAUCUUGAGCCCCGAGGAUAGUAAUGCACCCACUCAUGAGGGUAUCUUUGCUUCUCCGUGUCAAAAGUUCCGAAUAUUAGCCCAGGCAGCCAUGUCCAAACUGUCCGACCGGCUACCAAGAUACAUGGUCCCUUCCGUCAUGAUUCCAACAAAAACAAUCCCUACCACCAGAACUGGAAAGACUGAUCGAACGCAAUUGCGUAUCGAGGCUUCGAAAUAUACUAGAGCCCAACUUGAAGAAUUCAGUGGGGUUAUGGUAAAGAAACGGACUCCGGUCUCCCAAAUGGAAAAUUUGCUCCAUCGAUUAAUCCAAGAAGUCUUGGGCGUGAAAGAUUUCGGAAUGGAUGAUAACUUUUUCUCCCUUGGUGGGGACUCAGUCCUAGCCAUGCGAUUGACAAAGAUUGCCAGGGACGACACCGGAGUCGACCUUUCAGGAGAAAUGAUCUUCAGAGCACCCGUCCUGUCAGAUCUGGCGAAGCUCAUGAGAGGCAGCAAGAAUACGGCAAAUGUGGCGCCUUUCUCUUUAUUGACGAGCCCUGAGUCAAAAGAACACAUUCUACAAACAGCAUUGAGGAUCUGCAAUUUAUCAGCGGUCCAGGAAAUUGAGGAUAUUUACCCUUGCACCCCACUCCAGGAGGGAAUAAUGGCCCUUUCCAUCACCAGCCCCGUGGCUAAAUAUGUGAAUCGGUCCGUUUUUCAGAUCCCACGUGCUAUUGAUAUAGAGAAAUUGAAGUAUGCAUGGACCAUGGUCCUCAGCAGAAAUCAGGUCUUACGCACACGGAUCAUUCAGACUGGAUCUGAUGUGGCAUUCCAGGUUGUUGUCCGACAUAGCAAUUUGUGGCACGACGCAGAUAACCUCAAGUCUUACAUUGAGCAGGAUGAGAGAAAAGGGAUACAACUUGGGAGCCCCUUGAUCCGCCUCGCACUGAUCCUGGAUAAUGACCGCAGGUACUUGGUUCUGACCAUUCAUCAUACGUUAUACGAUGGCUGGUCACUCCCUCGAACCUUUCAGCAAGUGGAGAGGGCUUAUUACGGGAUAAUACCUCGCUCGCAGCCAUUUAGAAUGUUUGUGGAUUACUUCCUGAAGAUUAACAUAGAUGAAAUCAAGGAAUUCUGGCAAAAUGAACUGGAGGGCUUUUCAGGACCGUUGUUCCCUCAACCCCCGUCGGGAGAUCAUACUUACAAGCCAGCUACGCUACAUAAAAUGAGCCGUUUCAUAUCCGUACCGCAGGCGACAAAGACACUGAAAUAUCCGCUUGCAACUAUGAUAGAACUCUCCUGGGCUCUCACCCUGUCGCAAUACUCUGGCACUGACGACAUAGUGUUUGGUAGCACACUUGCGGGCCGCAAUGUCGCCGUGGGCGGUAUCGAUGAGAUUCUUGGACCAACAAUCACCACCAUUCCCCGGCGGAUAAAACUGGAUCGUUCAAUGCAGCUUGGAGAUGUUCUGCGUUUUAUCCAGGAGCGAAAUGCCGAGUAUUUGAAUUUCGGCUACUUGGGUCUCCAAAGAAUCGCUGCGCUUGGAGCUGGAGCUGCUACUGCCUGUAGGCUCCAAAGCCUACUAAUUAUCCAGCCUUUCUAUGACGAGGACGCAUUGACCAUAUUCAACAACUGUAUGGAAGAACUUUCGACGGAAAUCGUGGACAAUUACAUUCUCGCGCUAGAGGUGAAGCUUGGAAAAGAAGAUGCAGUUCGACUGGAAGUGGAAUACGAUGCGGAGAUUAUCGCAGAUUCGUUCAUGAGCAGGAUUCUCGAACAGUUCUGUCACAAUCUAAAUGGCGUUGCGCGAAGCGGGAAUAAACUACUCUCGGAGAUGGAAUCCGUUAAUCACACUGAUCUCCAGACGCUCCUGACCUGGAACAACCAUUUACCAGAAGCAAUCAACUGCUGCGUUCAUGAUAUUAUCAACAGGAAGUGUUGGUCACAGCCUCAAUCUCCAGCUGUCAUUGCAUGGGAUGGAAAGUUAUCUUACGAGGAGCUGGAAAGAUAUUCCACCAUGCUCGCUGCGCACCUCCAGGGGUUGAGCGUUCAUCCUGACACCUAUGUGAUGGUAUAUGUCGGGAAGUCUCUGUGGACUGUAGUUGCGAUACUGGCAGUGAUGAAAGCAGGAGGUGCUUUUGUGCUUGUUGACCCAGCACAGCCCUUGAUGCGACUGCGGGGAAUUUGCGAAGAUACUCAAGCCAGAAUUGUGAUUACAUAUGGGCAGUACAUGUCAAAAGCAACUGAGCUGAAUCUCCAGAUUGUUGAAAUUGACAAAGAGUAUAACUGGAAAUCUGCUGACAUGAAGUUGCAGUUGAAGGGACCGGCAGCUUCCCCUGAUGAUGUUGUUUACGCGGUCUUCACCUCAGGUUCAACCGGUAAACCCAAAGGGGUGGCAAUUCAGCAUCAUGCUUUCAUCACUAGUGCUAUGGUGCAUGGUGGCAAGCAACACAUAACCAAUCACUCCCGAGUGCUGCAACUGGCAUCCUUCACAUUUGAUGCUUCGAUUGCAGAGAUUCUGUAUCCUCUUGUUCACGGGGGAUGUGUUUGUAUUCCUUCGGAGUCAGACAGUCGCAAUAACCUUGACCAAACAAUCAAUGACUUCGAAAUCACUUGGGCGACAUUGACGCCAUCUUUAGCACGAGUACUAGAUCCACAGAAAGUGAAGACUCUUCGCACACUGGCUCUAGGGGGUGAAGCUAUGACAAAGUUGGAUGUGACUAUGUGGGCGGACCGAGUUCAAUUGGUCAAUUGCUAUGGACCUGCCGAAUGCUCUGUUGAUGCAACCAUUCAGCCGUCUGUCAAUCGUGACUCUGAUCCUUCAAAUAUCGGCCGAGGGGCUGCUGCUGUAUCCUGGAUUAUGGACCCAAACAACCCUGAGAGACUCAGGCCAAUUGGUGCGCCUGGGGAACUGCUUGUUGAAGGCCCCAUUCUUGCGAAAGGCUAUCUAGGAGACCCAGACAAGACCUCAUCCGCAUUUAUCCAAUAUCCAGAAUGGUUGCGUCGUUUUAGACACGACAGAGAGGGCCGACUUUACAGAACAGGUGACCUGGUGCAAUAUAGCGCACAAGCCGAUGGCACCUUGCGAUAUCUUGGACGCAUAGAUAACCAGGUCAAGCUACGCGGACAGCGAAUUGAACUGGGAGAAGUGGAGCAGCAUCUGUCGGAGUGCUUUCCCGAAGCAAAGCAGAUCGUCGUUGAUCUAGUCACGCUGGCAGAUCCAGGUGCACAUCCUGUUCUGGCUGCCUUUAUUCUGCUGAAUGAUGUUGUAUACAGUGAAGAUAGCAUCAUCGUAAGGGCGAGCGCCUCAUUCCGGUUGCAGACUGAAUCUGCCGAGAGUGCCCUGAAAUCACACCUUCCAAUCUUUAUGAUUCCAGCGCUAUUUUUGCCCGUGAGCAAGAUCCCACUCAGCCCAGCUGGAAAGACAGAUCGGCCACAGCUUCGCAAAAGUCUAUCCGCCUUAUCUAGGAAAGACCUCUGGGCAUAUUGCUUCUCGGUGCCAGCAAAACGCCAUGCUUCCUCCACGGAGGAGUCAGUAUUGCAGAAAGCCGUUUCUACUGUCUUAAAAAUACCCUUAGACGACAUCGGAAUGGAUGACAACUUCUUCCAUCUCGGAGGAGACUCUAUUUCGGCGAUGAGAUUAGUGGGCCUUCUUCGAAAAUCCGCAAUUACCAUCACAGUUGUCGAAUUAUUCAGCCAUCCCCGCCUUGAUGAUCUCGCUUUGAUAGUUCGCCGUGAGGCUAACAGCUCGGCUCCAGUGCCCAUUGCUCCCUUUUCCCUUCUUGGAGGCUAUACGCGUACAGACCUCAUUAACACUGCAGCUCGCGAAUGUGGUGUCGACCGAGAUGCCAUAGAGGACAUAUACCCAUGUACUCCAAUGCAGGAGGCGCUUAUGGCGUUGAGCAUAAAGGACCAAGAUGUUUACGUGCUCAAAAUGGCUUUUGAUCUUCCAAGAAACAUUGACCCUGAUCGCCUCUAUCUCGCUUGGAGAGUUGUUUUCAAUGCGAACCCCAUUCUUCGUACUCGCAUUAUUGCGGGUUGUCUCGGUUCAAAUGACUCCUUCCAAGUCAUACUCCGUGAGAAGCUCCAGUUUUCUGCAGACCUUGCCCCGCUGUGGAUUGCGCAUGGUCAACCACUCUGCAAGUUCAGCAUCUCUCACAAUGAUGACUGUGUUCAACUGCACCUAUGGCUUCACCAUUCACUGUACGAUGGGUCCUCGCUUUCAAACCUUUUGAAGCAGGCAAGCGAGGCAUACAACGGGGCAGAAUUGAGUAUUCGUCCAUUCAAUGCGUUCGCAAAGUAUGUGCGAGACAUUGAUACUGCUGCCAGUAAAAGGUUUUGGGCAGGCGAGUUCCAAGAUUUGAAUGCCACCAUGUUUCCACCGAUGCAGAAGAGACCAAACAUUCCGUUCUCAAGAAAGAGUGUUUCACACAAUAUUCCUCUCCAACACGCCCUCGAAUCAGACUUCACCUUGUCAACAUUCAUUCAUCUUGCGUGCAGCAUUGUGCUUGGUCACUAUACAGCGAGUGACGACAUAGUCUACGGACUUACCUUGUCGGGGCGAAAUGCCCCUGUAACAGGAGUUGAAGACCUCACCGGUCCGACAAUUGCAACAGUGCCGUUUCGAAUUGAGUUGCCAGCUGCAUGUACCACGAAAGAAUGCCUUUCCCAGAUACAGAAUCGCCUCACUCGGAUGAUACCACAUGAGCAGACCGGUCUGCAGAAGAUACGGCAGAUUAAUCAGGAGACUACAGCAGCCUGCAAUUUUCAAUGUCACAUUAUCAUCCAACCAGCUGACGAGAGUCCAUCUAAGGAUAAGAUUUUCAAGGAGCCCCCACUUGAAGAGGACAUUUAUUCAAACUUCGCUAGCUCUCCCCUUGUGCUGAUAUUUACACAUUCCGCUGAUAAAAACAAGUUGAAACUUACUAGUAAUUUCGACCUGUCGCACUUGAGCUCCAUCGAAGCAGAAGCAUUUUCUCAUCAGCUGGACCAUGUCUUCCAGCAAAUUUUCAGAGAUCAGAACAUCCCCAUCAAGGAAAUAGACGUCAUCAGCCCCGAAGACCUGGCUAGAUUGUCGAGCUAUAACAUGAAAGCACCACAGCGAGUAGAUCGACUGAUUCAUGACUUGGUUUUUGAAAGUUGCCGUAUGCAACCAACAAAGAUUGCUAUCGCCUCAUGGGAUGGCUUAUUUUCAUAUGAGGAACUGUACGCAUCAAGCUCACGGCUGGCUCAACAUUUUACUUCUAUUGGGAUUAGGGCCCACCCAGUAACAGUGAUAUGCAUGGAGAAAUCCCGUUGGACAGUGCUAGCCAUUCUUGCAGUUCUUCAAACGGGAUCAGCUUGUGCACUGAUUGAUCCUUCACAUCCUCGUUCACGAAUUCAAUCGAUAGUUGACCAGUCCAGCGCAAGGUAUGCAGUGGUUUCGCCUACAACAAAACAUUUGAUGGAUUCUAUUUGCGAGAACGUUGUUACAAUAUCGCAGUCCUUGUUGGAUACUCCGGAACCCGGGAAAUCGCCAAUUGUGCAAAAGGUAGAUCCAAUGGAUCCUGCUUUCAUCAUCUUUACCUCAGGCAGCACAGGGACUCCAAAGGGUAUCGUUCUGGAGCAUCAAAGCAUAGCAACCGGUCUGAGGAAUCUCCGCGCAUGCCUGAAUCUUGAUAGACCGUCGAGGGUACUUCAAUUCUCGUCAUAUGCCUUUGAUGCCAGCUUAAUGGAAAUACUCGGCAGUCUAACCUCUGGAAGCACUCUUUUUAUACCUUCCGAUCUCGAUCGAACUUCUGGACUGGCUGGAUUUAUCAAUCAACAUCAAGUUGACUGGGCAUUCAUGACUCCAUCUGCGUCUAAUCUCUUGCUUCCAUCAGAAGUGCCUUCUCUCAAAACGUUUGCCUUGGGAGGGGAGCCUCUCACAUCAACCCUCGUUGACUGGUGGUCAAGAAACACAUCACUGAUUAACGUCUAUGGUCCGGCUGAGUGCACAUUUGCUGCUGCUGUCGGAAAAAUCCCAGAGACUGGUUGGCUUCCGGGUACUAUAGGCCCGAUGGUCAACGGGGCUGGUUGGAUCACUACUCCUUCCGAUCCAGGCAGACUAGCAGCAUGGGGGGCCAUCGGAGAGUUGUUGAUCGAGGGCCCCAUUUUGAGCAGAGAAUACAUCGCCGAUCCAGAGAAGACAGCUGCUAGCUUUGUUCACAACCCACCAUGGAUCUCUCGCUUCCGUGGCCCCGGCGAAACACGCUUGUAUCGCACUGGCGAUUUAGUCCAAUACACCGAUGAUGGCCUAAUCAAAUACGUAGGGCGCAAGGACAGGCAGGUCAAACUCAACGGUCAACGGAUUGAGCUUGAAGAGAUCGAAAGCCAUUUAAGAACCUGCUUUCCGCCACAUGCUGCUGUUAUAGUCGAGUUGUUCGUUCCUCUACUAGCUAAUACUCGGUCGCAACAACUUUGUGCGUUCAUCUGCAUGACCGGAAGUCGAUCAAAUGUCUCAAGCAUAUCGGAUGAAUGCUCUAUACUAGCUUCCCCGGAUGAAGCUUUCCACGACCUGAGUCAAAAGGCUAAGCAGCAGUUGUCACUUUCUCUUCCACAAUACAUGGUCCCCGGAACAUAUAUUCCGUUGAGUUCUGUCCCAUUCACUGGCACUGGAAAAACGAACCGGCGUUUGUUGUGUGAACUGGCCGCUUCUCUAGACAGUAAUCAGCUCGACAGCUUAUCAUCUCAAGCACUGCCAAUAAAACCGCCAGGCACUGAAAUGGAGACUACACUAAUCGAGCUUUGGGCCGAGUUGCUAGAUAUGGCUGUGGACAAGAUUGGUGCUAGUGACAGCUUCCUCCACAUCGGCGGUGAUUCGGUUUUGGCCAUGCGAUUGACGGCUAUUGCACGUCGGCGAGGGUUACUUUUGACAGUUCCAACAAUAUUUUCUUACCCAGUUCUGUCAGACAUGGCUUGUCAGAUGACAAAGGCCGAUCCUGAUCUGAAGGUAAACUUUCAGAAGCCAUUUUCACUGCUCAAAGAGAGCGUGGAAGAUAUUAUCGAGGCCGUUAAGCAACAGUGCUCAGUUAAAAGAGAGUUCAUAGAGGAUGUCUACCCAUGCACACCGCUGCAGGAGGGACUCAUAUCGCUCUCUAUAAGAACGCCUGGUGCAUAUCUCGCUCACUUCAGUUAUAGACUUGCCGAAAACGUUGACAUUGCUCGAUUCCAAAAAGCAUGGCAAGACGUUGCCAACGCAAAUCCAAUUCUGCGAACACGAAUCAUACAGGCUGGCUCGUUGUUGCAAGUUGUUGUCCGCGAAAAACUGUCUUGGAUUUCAAUUGAUAACGUCGACAGCUAUGUUGCGGGUCUGUCAAACAAAGAAAUGCAUUUAGGCGAGCCAAUUCUUCAGUUAGCGACCAAUCGGUCCCAUCCCGACGGUACUAGGGCAUUCGUUCUAGCAAUUCAUCAUGUUCUGUAUGAUGGAUGGUCAUUGCCGAUGAUAAUGGACCAGGUUAAACAAGCGUACGAAGAUCAUUCAGUGCCCACCAGUCAAUUCAACAAGUUUAUUGGCUAUGUCGCACGAUCUGAUGUGGAGCGAAACAGGGAGUACUGGCGUACACAAUUUCAGGGUUCCGACAGCGCAACUUUCCCCCCACUACCAUCGUUCGAUUAUAAGCCUUCCACAGAUAUGGCAAUUAACAAGUCGGUCAGACUGAGGUCCCUUCCUGGAUUGACAAAUGCCACAAUUCUCCAGUUGACAUGGGCUCUGUUGAUCUCACAGUACUCUGCUCCGACUGAUGUCGUUUUCGGAUUGACUCUCUCGGGAAGAAACGCCAACCUGGAAGGAAUUGAAUCUGUGACAGGUCCAACCAUAACAACUGUGCCGUUACGAUUCCAGUUUAAACCCGAGGAGUCAGCUCUGCAAGGUUUGCUUCGAAUGCAGGAACAGAUAGUCGCGAUGACAUCUUUUGAACAAUUCGGGCUGCAGAACAUUCGUCGCUUAGGAGGUGAUGCCGAGGCAGCCUGCCAAUUCCAAAAUCUGCUUGUAAUUCAACCCUCCAUGACCAAACGCAAUGAUGAAUUCUGGGUUCCGGUUCAGGAAGCAACGGAUGCAGGGUAUUUCAGUACAUAUGCGCUAGAGGUCACUUGUGAGCUUUCUGAUACCGAGACAAAUAUUACCUUUGACUUUGAUCAACGGGUGCUGGGGUUACAGCAGGCGGAACGGAUGUUGUCUCAGUUUGUUCACCUCGUACAGAUGAUUCAGAAAGACCCCGGGGCAAGCAUCUCCGAUGCCAAGUCAUUGAAUCCUCACGCGCAGACUGAAAUUAUGCACUGGAACGGGGUGCUACCGGAAGCGAUGGAGCGAUGCGUACACGAAGGUAUUAAGCAACAGUGUCUAAAAUCACCAGACGUGUUGGCUGUAUGCGCAUGGGAUGGCAACUUUACCUACAAGGAAUUGGAUUGUUUGUCACUGAAACUUGCAGUGCAUCUCCAAGCCCAAGGAAUUGGACCAGAAGUCUUUGUCCCUAUCCUGGCCGAGAAAACGCGCUGGGUAUCUGUUGCAAUUCUUGGAGUGGUCAGAGCUGGUGGAGCAGUUGUUCUUCUUGACCCAUCGGUUCCAUUCCAGCGCCUGGAGAUUAUAUUCCAGGACGUUGGUGCUCACAUCGUCGUGUCUUCGAUCGAAUGCGCAGAUGUCGCCCGUCAAUUAGCCCCGACAGUUGUGACAGUUAGCCAGGAUCUUUAUUCGCAUGGGGACAGCGUCGCAUCUGGCCUCGUGCAGAAAGUCACGCAUUCCAACGCAUUGUAUGCCAUCUUUACAUCGGGGUCAACAGGAAAGCCAAAAGGGAUUGUGAUUGAACAUUCUGCGUUCCAUACGAGUGGACUUGCGCAGCAAAAGGCAAUGUAUCUCGAUUCAAGCACCAGAACACUUCAGUUCGCUUCCCAUAUGUUCGAUGUCAGUAUUGCCGACUAUUUAUGGACCUUUCUCGCAGGAGGGUGUGUCUGCGUUGCCUCGCAAAGUAGUCUGAGAAAUGACUUACCUGGCGUGAUGAGAGAGCUUGAAAUCAAUCGCGUGGACCUGACUCCCUCUGUUGCACGCGUGCUUUGUCCUGAGGAGAUACCCACCCUCAAAACGAUCUUAUUGGGCGGAGAGCCGUUAUCGCAACAUGAUGUACAAACAUGGGCUAGCAAAAUUCAGCUUGUCAAUGGCUAUGGGCCCUCCGAAUGCUCCGUUUGCUGUGUGCUUGCCGACGUUAAUCCGGAUUCAGAUCCAUCACGUAUUGGAAAGACGUUUGGGGUUCUGUCCUGGAUCGUGGACAAGGAUGACCAUAAUAAACUUGUUCCAAUUGGAGCAGUUGGCGAGCUCGUGCUUGAAGGCCAUGCUUUAGCGCGGGGAUAUUUGAAUGAGCCCGAAAAAACAGCCGCCGCUUUUAUCGAGACGUCACCCCUAUGGCAUCAGGGAGUGAGGUCGAAUUCUCGGCUUUACAAGUCUGGAGAUCUAGUGCAGUACAACGCUGAUGGGUCUCUCCGAUACAUUGGUCGGAAGGAUACACAAGUGAAGAUCCGCGGACAGAGAGUAGAGCUAGGGGAGAUUGAACAUCAAAUCAUGCAAACAAGCCCAACCGUGCAAGAUGUGGUGGUGGAAUUGAUCAAGCCAGCACAGAGAGCUGGGACGGUCUUGGCAGCUUUCGUCUUUGACAAGACAAGAGCAGCAAGUGAACAUGAGGGAGAUGGUGAUUCAGCAUUAUUUCUUUCAUCUGAUCCCGCUCAUCGGGAGCGUUAUCAGGAGGCAAUGCUGAUGCUACAGAAACGGCUUCCAUCCUAUAUGGUACCAGCCAUUUUUAUUCCGCUGCUUUACAUGCCCAUAUCACCCAGUGGGAAGGCCGAUCGACGACUUCUUCGUGGACAGGCAGCAGCACUUUCUAAAGGUGAAAUUGAGGCUUAUACUGCCGGAAAUGUUGCAAAACGUUCUCCACGAGCUCCUGCGGAACGAUCCAUUCAAGCGGUCGUGGCCGAGGUUCUUCAUAUUGAUUCCUCAGAGAUCGGGCUCGAUGACGAUUUCUUCAGACUGGGGGGUGAUUCAAUCAUUGCGAUUCGGUUUGUUGAAAGAGCACGUAUGUCUGGAUUCAGUUUCAGGGUGACCGAUGUCUUCAAAUCACCUAAACUAUCCGACCUAGUAUUACUCAUCGAGGACAGCAGGGUUGAGCAUGAGUGUUCAAAAGACGCUCUCAACGAGUAUCUUGGCUUUUCACGGAAAGAAGAUUUCAUUCAUAUGUUGGCUUCCGAGGCUAAUUUCACCUUCCAUCCGGAUGAGAUUGUGGACGUCCUUCCCGUCAGUCAGUCGGCUGAGCGCUUUUUGAUGCAGCUUCCUGAAUAUUGGGUUCUGAAUCUGGAAGGUCUUGUUGAGCGAAAUCAGCUUCAAUCCGCCUGCACAGCGCUAGUAGAGCGACACGCAAUUCUGCGUACUGUAUUUAUAUCACGAGGACAUGCUCUCCUUCAAGUUGUCUUGUCUGGGAUCAAUACGCACAUCCAUGACUAUGGAACGACCCCGAGCCUUCCGGAAUUUGUGGAGAAGCAUCGCCGGGAGGACAACAUUUCGGCACCAACACUGAACAACCCUGUCACUCAAUUCGCAAUUGCGGAAGAUUCUAACGGCAAAAAGGUUCUGAUAGUAAGGCUAAGCCAUGCUCAAUUUGAUGGGUAUUGUCUGCACAUACUCUGGAAGGAUUUGAAACAACUACAUGAAGGUGUCAGCUUAUCUCCUCCAACGGAGUACUCUGCACACAUGAAGCAGUGGAUGAUCAGCCAGACCGAGGACGCUUUUACCUUCUGGAGAAAGACGCUAGAAGGGUCUACCGUCUCUAGAAUCGACAACACCAUGUUCCACGGAACGAGUAAUCCACAGCAAGACGAGACACAAUUCAUCACAGCCACUCAGCGCAUCUACCCUGAGCAACCUCCUCAUGAAAUGACUACAGCGACAGUAGUCAAGGCCGCAUGGUCAUUUUUGCUUGCACGGUUGCUAAACACCCAAGAUGUGGUGUUCACGCAGAUAUCCAACGGCCGUAGCAACGCAACUCCAUCGACUCAGGAUGUCGUCGGUCCAUGUCUGAAUUUCAUCCCUGUCCGAGCGAAGCUUAAAUCCUCAUGGACAGCUCUUGACUUAAUGCAAUUUCUCCAACACCAACACCGAGAAAGUCUUGACUACGAAUUGUUGGAUUUCCGUCAGAUUGUAGAACGCUCUACAUGCUGGCCAAGCGGAACAACUCAUCAGAGCAACCUGGUGCAUCAGAACAUCGAGCCGGAUCUUCCGUUUCCUUUUGGCGAUGCACAAGCGCAGGUGACUUGCUCCUAUGAGUGGCCUCGUCCACCGGACGACAUACUGAUCGAGUCACGGCCUGUGGAGGACGGCGGUUUACAGAUUGCUCUGGAUACAUUGAGUGGAAUUUUAAAUCAGCAGAAUGCAGAUUGGGUUGUGGAGAGGCUUUGUCGGAUUAUCUGUCUUUUUUCGGCAUCGCCUGAUGAAUCUCUUGAAAGGACGAUCAAGUUCGGACGGUUGGAAGAGCGACCCUGCACAUGGAAUACAGAACGAGAGUUUGCCCUUGGGGCCUCUCGAGGAGGCUUUGCUUCUCAAAGCGGUCUAGGGUCCUGGCUGGCAGUCCUAGACCGAGCGCGGCAUAGUCGACUUCAAUACGAGCAAAUGGGAGGGGAGAUAAGAAAGCUCACAGAGGCCCACGAAAAUCACGAGACUAUGGGAGCCGACAUCGGUAUGGGUUGGUUUUGUGCAACAGCUACGUACCAGGCACAACUGGAUACGAUGAUCGGCUCUUGGGCAAUAUUUGGAGGACUGUUUGGAGCCCUUGCUCCAAUUGUGAGGCCUAGCUCCGGAAAUCGCAUCGCCAUCAUGUUUCCUUCAUCAUCAUCAGAGGGCCCUACCGGCAACAUGGCCCCCUACUCUCUUUUCUUCAAGGACAUUGAAUCCGGGACAACAGCUGUUUUUCGAAUCGAUGAUGCUACGACGUUAAACCUCUUUCGCCAGUCAAAAGAUGUGGAUAUUAGGAUUGAAAAACACGGCGAUCUCACAUCCACUUCAAACCUAACUACACCCCCUCUACACCAAUUUCUUGUGAGCCCUGAAUCAAGAACAGGGCUGCAAGGUACGGACCUCGAAGCACAAUUGCCGGAGCGAAUGGAUUUAGACGUGUCUGAUGUCGGCAUCGUGGGGAGAAAAGUUACGGUGUCGGUUGGGGGACAAAGAAUGGGGAUGGGAAUUGUGGGGUUUGACUAG